AUGGAUACAUCGCCGUUCUUGAAGAAGGGCCCAUGGACGCCUGAGGAAGACAAGCUGCUGGUGGACUACAUCCAGAAGAAUGGCAUGGGCAACUGGGGGGCCAUCCGGCGGCUCACUGGCCUCGACCGCUGCAGCAAGAGCUGCCGCCUACGCUGGACCAGGCACCUACGCACUAACAUCAAGCGUGGCGGCUUCACUGACGACGAGGGGAAGCUCAUCAUCCAACUCCACUCCAUCCUCGGCAACAAGUGGGCACAGAUCGCGGAGAAGAUGCCGGGGAAGACGGGCAAUGACAUAAAAAAUUACUGGAACACGCACCUGCGGAAGAAGUUAUUGCGCAAGGGCAUCGACCCCAACACACACCGCCUGUAUCCCUACCUCAGCCCCAUCGCCGCUGCCGCCGGCGGCAGCUCAGGCACCGGCGCCGGCUGGGACAUGAAUGAUCUCAUGCUCCAGGUUGACGGCGCCAUGAACCACCUGCUCCAAGGCCAUUGUUCGGUGAUCAGUUCUUCGUUGGGCGCCAUGAGAUCCCUUGUUGGGAAGCUGGACAUGCUGCUGCUAGCUCCUUCAUCUCGUCAGGGGUUCUCCUCCAAGAGGGUGAAGGAUGGGAUGCGCCUCCUUAAAGAUGAUGUUGAAGAGAUAAGCAUCUACCUUGAUGAACUGUUAGAGGUGGAGGACCCUCCCCCGAUGGCCAUGUGCUGGAUGAAUGAGGCACGCGAACUGUCCUAUGAUAUGGAGGAUUACAUGGACAGCUUAUUAUUUGUGCCACCUGACUAUGUAAACAACAACAAGCAGAAGAAGAAGCGGAAGAAAAAGAAGAUGAUAAAGAAGAGGAUCAAGUGGUACAAACAGAUUGAAUACACUGCACAAGUGUCAGAUGAUGGUUUCAAGACCAGAAAAUACAUUCAUAUUAAUGUUUUCCCUCAUCUCCCUGAUAAGCCCAAGAUUGCAGAAACAAUAUCAGAAUUCAGGAUCUAUAUCCAGGAGGCUAUUGAACGGCACGACAGGUAUAAGCUCCAUUGUUGCAGCAACUUGAGAAGGCAAACAUUCUUGUCCACUGUCCAUAUGCUUCGAAUGCCCUACGAAGAAACAGAUGAUCACAUAGUAAUCGAUGGCCGGAUGAAUGAGUUUAUCUACUCUCUGGCUGCUAACAAUGUGGCAGAUCAGCAGCAGCUCAAGGUCAUGUCUCCUAACACAAUAUAUGCAAUAUGUGUGAAUUCUUGGCAUACACAUGUUUUUGAGAUGAAACCUCUGGACGAUUAUCACUCAAGAAAGCUAUUCUUUAACAGACUUUUUGGUUCUGGAAGUGAGUGUCCUGAAGAAUUCAAGCAAGUUUCAGAUGAAAUUGUUGAUAUAUCAUCUGUGGUCAAGUUCUACUUUAGAAAGAACGGGACAAAGGGUUCCAUAAUCUGGAAGGAUGAUCUGGUGAAGCAAUGGCUGGCUGAAGCCUUCAUUGUUACACAAAAAGGGGAAAAGCAAGAUCAAGACUGGUUGGAAAAAGCUGCAGGGAUCUGUUUUGAUGAACUUAUUGAUAGACGAUUCAUCCAACCUUUGUAUAUCAACUACAACAAUAAGGUUUUGUCCUGUACGGUUCUUGAAGUGGUACAUAAUCUUAUUGGACACAGGUCUGCGGAAGAGAAUUUCAUUGUGGCAGUAGACUACAAUCGAAAGAAUAUAGCACUUUCUCAUAAGGUUCGUCGACUAUCUCUCGUCUUUGGCGAUGCAAAAUAUGCCAAGACGCCAACAAACAUCACAAAGGCACAUGUUCGAUCACUUAUUUAUUUUGGAUUAUUCAAGUAUAUGCCUUGUAUUAGAGAGUUCAAGGUUAUCCGUGUUCUGAACCUUCAGCUAUCUGGUGAUUGUGGCAACCCUGAUCCUAUAGACCUCACUGGGAUUUCAGAACUGUUUCAGCUGAAAUAUUUGAAGAUUACAAGUGAUGUCGGUAUAAUACUACCAAAUUGUAUGCGAAGGCUGCAAUAUUUGGAAAUAUUGGAUGUUAUGGAUGCAACAAGAGUCACUGCGGUUCCAUGGGAUAUUAUAUAUCUACCGCAGUUGUUGCACCUGACUCUUCCAGUUGACACAAAUCUGCUGGAAUGGAUUGGCAGCAGCCUGAGUGACUCUGUCCUCAGUCUGCGGAGCCUUGGCAAGCUGAACCACCUGCAGAAUCUCCAUGUAACCAGUUCUUCCACACAUCCUUCCCACUAUCUGGAGAGAAGCAUGGAAGCUCUGGGCUCUUUGAUCGGAGGACAUGGCAAUCUGAAAUCUAUAGUAGUGGCUCAUGGCUCCUCGGUUGAAAAUACUGUGGUUCCUGACACUCCAAAAGUAACCAUUUCAUGGGAUAGCAUGGCGCCUCCCCCUCUUCUACAGAGAUUUGAAUGCUCAACCCACAGUGGCAUCAUAUUUUACCGAAUUCCUCAGUGGGUUACAGAACUUGGGGAACUAUGCAUUUUGAAGAUUGCAGUGAAGGAACUUGGGAUGAUUUGUGUUGGUACUCUCAGAGGAUUACAUGCACUGACUGAUCUGUCGCUGUAUGUGGAGACGGCACCCCUUGGCAAGAUCAUCUUUGACAAGGCCGGGUUCUUGGUUCUCAAGUACUUUAAGUUGAGGUUCUCGACUGGUAUAGCUUGCAUAAAAUUUGAGGCGUAUGCAAUGCCUGAACUUUUGAAGCUCAGGCUUGUUUUCAAUGCCAUGCCCCCGGUGGACCAACUUGUUUUUUCUCCGUUCCAUCCCCCAUAUGAACGAUAUAAACCGGGUAAUGCACUAAUUACUAUUGGGGUUAUGCCAGGCCUUAGAAAUAUCUCUGUAAAAUUUGGGGGUGCAGCUGCUGAUCUGGAGUAUGCCUCGAGGACUUUCAUUAGUAAUCAUCCGAGCAACCCUAUUACCAAUAUGCAGUUGGUGGAUUAUACCUCCUGUGGUGACACGAGCAAAAAACAGAUUGAAGAAUCAUAUUGGAUUAAUGAAUUGCUAGGAGCAAAAGGGAUUAUGGAGGAAAAACAAGCUGAUGAGAACAGGACUCUCUUUAACAAUGUAAUAGAGCCAGAUUUUUCAAGUGACGCAUUUGGUCUAUCAAGUUGGUUUGACAAGACACUUGAACAGUAUAUGACAGGAGAUGAGAGCCCGACCAGCUGA